UGGUUCUGUCAGUCAGCUGGGUAGGUGGGGUCACUAAGAGCCAAGAUGGCUGACUUUGAGGAGCCGAUCUCGGAUGAAGAGAAGGUCCGCAUAGCAGCCAACUUUGUCACUCAUGCCCCUCCAGGAGAGUUCAACGAGGUCUUUAACGAUGUACGGCUUCUUCUCAACAAUGACAACCUCCUACGGGAGGGGGCAUCUCACUCCUUCGCUCAGUACAAUAUGGAUCAGUUUACACCUGCCAAGCUAGAAGGCUAUGAUGACCUGGUUCUGAUUACGGAGCAUGGUGACCUGGGUCAGGGACGUUUCCUUGAUCCCCACAAUCAUUUGUCGUUUCGCUUCGAUCAUCUAAGAAAAGAAGUGAGUGAUGUUCAGCCAUAUGAAGGAGAGACAACCCUGAAAAGCCUGAGAGAUUCCUGCGACAAUGUCCUUAGUGCCUAUGUCAAAGAGCACUACCCGACUGGAGUCUGCACGGUAUAUGGGAAAAUUGUCGAUGGACAGCAAACCAUAAUUGCAUGCAUCGAAGGACACCAGUUUCAACCCAAAAACUUCUGGAAUGGCCGCUGCAGGUCAGAGUGGAAGCUGACUCUUGGCCAGUCCACCGCUCAUAUUGUGGGUGUUUUGAAGAUCCAGGUACAUUAUUAUGAAGAUGGUAAUGUGCAGCUGGUUAGCCACAAGGAGGUAGAGGAUUCUAUACCUGUCAAUAAUGAUGUACAGACAGCAAAGGAAUUUGUUAAAAUAAUUGAGAAUGCUGAGAACGACUACCAGACUGCCAUCAGUGAAAACUACCAGACCAUGUCGGACACCACCUUCAAGGCUCUUCGUCGCCAGCUGCCUGUCACGCGCACCAAGAUUGAUUGGAAUAAAAUCUUAAGCUACAAAAUUGGCAAGGAGAUGCAGAACGCCUAGGUUGCGCUCAUGAUGGAAAGGACUCACCAAAGCAAACUUAUCAGUAUGGGGCAAGAAAAAAAAAACAAUUAAAAAAAGUUAACCUGGAGUUUAAAAAUCUGUUAGCUGUAGGUACUUGUCUGCAGAAAGGGAAACAGUGGCUAUGGAGAUUAUCACGGAAUGGAGUUGGUCGGUGGUUCUAAAUGGGUGGAGUGAAAGUGUCAGGUUUGGAGGAGCUGUGGAUUGGACUGCUACUUGAAAGUCACAUUCAACAAAAGCAUAUCAGAAAGCACAAGUGAACUAUUGCAACAAUUAAGCACAGAAAAUCCACAUUACGGUUUGAUUUUCGUAGCAUAACCCUGAAAGCAGCUCUUUUCCAGCACUUUAACCUCUAACUUUUCUAAAUGUCUAAGUUAGCUCUCCACCCGCUAGAGCAAGAAUGAGCGUCAAAAGACAAAAGAACUGCUCUUCGGUUUCUCACUCAACACCUUAAUCGCUGCGUAACUUUUCCUGUCUGAAGGGAAAAUCUCAUUUUACCAAGAUUUAUUUGCCAAAAUCUCUUUCCUAUGGUAAAGAACUCCAUGCCCCCACCUGUAUGCAAAUUUCUAUUUUAAUACGCUGGUUAAUGUUGGAGUCUUAACUGUAACAAUUUGUCGUAUCGGUCAAUGCCAAGUGAUUAUUUAAGGUUGUCACCUUGACUUCCUGUAAUUGAAACUGUGCUGUGGUAAACCUUCACCUGUGUGCUGACCAGUAAAACUUCAGGACUGAAUUGCCCCAUUCUACUGUAUAAAUAAAUGAAGUGAACAUG